UUUAUUUUAAGGUCUGCAACUUCUUCUCAAGCUUUAGUCUUGCUUUUAUCAAACUUUGCUUCUCAAAGGCGUCAAGUCGCUAAGAGAGCUUUCAUUCCCUUUGUUGACAUGGAUGGUUACGGUGUUUCUCCUUCUUCUCGUUCUUCUAUUUGUGAGGAAUACGACGUCUUUAUCAGUUUUAGAGGUGAAGACACGCGCGAUAACUUCACAAACCAUCUUUAUACUGCAUUGACACAAAAGCAUAUCAAGACUUAUAUCGAUGAGGAAAGCCUUGAGAAAGGAGACGACAUCAAUCUUGCACUUCCUGAAGCAAUUAAGAAGUCAAAGAUUGCGAUAAUCAUUUUCUCAAAAGAUUACGCUUCUUCAACCUGGUGUUUACGUGAGCUUGAACAUAUACUUGAAUGUCACCGAGACAAUAAACAGAUGGUCAUACCUAUUUUUUAUGGAGUAAAUCCAUCUGAUAUACGGAAACAAAAAGGAAGUUAUGCAAAGUCAUUCAUAAAGCAUACAAAACGUUUCAAGAACAAAAAGGACAAAAUGGAAAUGGUUAAGAAAUGGAGAGAUGCUUUAAAAUACUCAGCUGAUCUAUCUGGAUGGAACUCACGAGUCACAAGGUAUUUGUUUUUUCACUCAUGUUUCUACAGAAAGUAUUUACAUAAACGUAAUGAAGGAAUACAUGCACACAAACUUUUUUCUAGAAGCGUAUGA